ACCUCUCGGUUGCGACGCACCCACCAGAAUGGCGAAGCAAAACAAAGCCGUCUGGUCUGUGGAUAGAAUUUGAGGCGCUAUCCUGCAAUCAAAUAUGUGACGACGAAGAGGAGCUCGAUCGAGCCCCUCUCCGACCUCUUUAACCACCCUUCCUCACUGCUCUUGCUCUCCACUAGCAGCAGCGGUCAUGGCCAGAUUGGUGGCGGCUCAACCGAAGCAGGCCUCCCCAUGGGCUACCCCACUUGCCCCCUCUUCUCUUUCAGAGUUCCAUGCAGCCGCUCUCGACCUCUCCAACAUAAGGAAGAAGAGAGUAUGGCAGAAGAAGGGGGCGCUUCGGGUCGCUGCUGGCUUGAGUGCGAGGAAGAUCCUCAUCAUGGGCGGCACCAGAUUCAUUGGGGUUUUCUUGUCGAGGAUUCUUGUCAAGGACGGUCACCAGGUGACUUUGUUCACCAGGGGGAAGGCACCCAUCACCCAGCAAUUGCCAGGGGAGUCAGAUCAGGACUAUGCAGAUUUCAAGUCCAAGAUAUUGCAUCUGAAGGGAGACAGAAAAGACUUUGAAUUUGUCAAGACGAGCCUUGCUGCUGAGGGUUUUGAUGUUGUUUAUGAUAUCAAUGGUCGUGAAGCUGAUGAGGUCAAGCCCAUAUUGGAUGCAUUGCCAAAACUAGAGCAGUUUAUCUACUGUUCAUCCGCUGGAGUAUACCUCAAAUCUGAACUCUUGCCGCACUUUGAGACAGAUGCAGUUGACCCAAAGAGCAGACACAAAGGCAAGCUUGAAACUGAAAGUUCGCUAGAUUCCCGAGGAGUAAACUGGACGUCUUUGCGGCCAGUCUAUAUAUAUGGGCCCUUGAACUACAAUCCUGUUGAAGAAUGGUUCUUCCAUCGCUUGAAAGCUGGAAGGCCAAUUCCAAUUCCCAAUUCUGGCAUUCAAAUCACCCAGCUUGGACAUGUUAAGGAUCUAGCACGGGCUUUUGUUACGGUUCUUGGUAAUCCAAAAGCAAGCAAGCAAGUAUACAAUAUCUCUGGAUCCAAGUAUGUGACCUUUGAUGGAUUAGCAAGGGCAUGUGCCAAGGCAGCUGGCUUUCCUGAACCAGAGAUUGUUCACUAUAAUCCCAAGGAAUUUGACUUUGGGAAGAAAAAAGCCUUCCCAUUCAGAGACCAGCAUUUCUUUGCGUCAAUCGAAAAGGCACAGAGAGAGCUCGGUUGGACUCCAGAGUUUGGCUUGGUUGAUGGCCUUGCUGAUUCAUACAACCUAGACUUUGGUCGGGGCACUUUCAGAAAAGCUGCAGACUUUUCAACUGAUGACAUAAUUCUUGGCAAAUCAUUUGUCCUUCAAACCUGAAGUAACUUGAAAGUCAAUGAACCAAACAACCUUAAAGAGAGUUCGACUGAAACCCAAGUUAUUUCUUAAAACUGUGUAACUUCAAGUAAGAUCCUUUGUUUCUCGUGCUUCCACUUGGGGCAUUAUAUUACUUCAUUAUCCAACAGGAAGAUGGAUGGCUGCUAAUAUAGUCAAACCGCAAGUGCAAAAUUUUAUUAAGUAAUAAAAUAUUGAUCUAUAAGAACUAUUGAUUAAGCAUUA